AUGACAGAAGCAACUCACGCCCUCAAGGACCCAUGGUUUCUCAGCUACAUUCCUCAGCUUACUCCAGACGUCGUAAAGUAUGAUUUUAAAGGGGACUGGAACAAUGCAAAACAGGCGCUCCAGCAGCCGCUUGACUACGUUCGUACCGUGGAGGAGCUCUGGUCGACCAUCAAUUCGCUACCGAAGUUACACCAACUUGGAAAUGGUAGCACAUUUAUAUUUGCUCGUAACAAUGUUGAUGCAAGCUACGAAGCUUUCCCACAUGGCACACGGGUUCUCGUAGAUCUUUACAAUGCAUCCGCUGCGGAAAAGGGCGUGUACGUUGUACUGAGCAGCGUUCUAGGAGAAGGACUGGCUCAAGACGUUUGCAACGGCAAAACGGUGUGCGACGUGCUGCGUCUUUCCUCACGUCCUAAUCAAGAGUCCCCGGAGUUGGUGCGCUUAGAGGUGUGGCUCAGUGACCAGUCGUAUGCCAAGGAUGUAACACUGUAUGUCAGGAAGGGGCUGAUUGAAGCUGGUUUGAGUUCUACGGAAUUUAUUAUUGGUGAGUCAAGCUUUGAAAAGGAUACGAAGAAGCACUCAGUGCUUGGUGCAAAGAGUUAG